AUGAAGAAGUUGACGGUGAAUGGUACUGUCCGCAAUGUGUCGCACGCCAAACAAAAGGAGUUCCACACCCCUCUGGGUUACUUGGUUGGGUUGUCCGCCGGGUUGACGAUACAAUCCCAAAAGCCUUCGCCCUGCCACACCAUAUUAGACAAUACUUUGAAGGUGUGCGAACUGGCGACGAAGCCUCGAACUCAAAACAAUGCACUUAAAAUGAAUCGAGCCGGCUUCUUCGAAGAACCCAACUACAAAGAAACCAGAGACAGCAAGGGAAAUCUCAGACUGUGCUAUCGAUGUGGCCUUACCCCAAAUGGUCGCGAUAUCAUUCCUUGUGAUUUCUGUCCGGCUAAAUGGCAUCUGGAUUGUACCGACCCACCACUUGCUGUUCCACCCCGUCGUCGAGGAGAUGAUAAACCAACCUCAUCUUGGAGGUGUCCUUUACACACAGAGCACGAUCUGACAGCAAUCAGCCGUCUACCAGAUGUUGCUCCCGGGGUUAUGGGACGCGUUCCCAAGCUUCGCAGGCCAAAGAAUGCAGUUCCUCUUGACGUUGGGGUUCCACGAGGCCACAGAAAUAAUGGAAUCAUCGAUGUUGAGCUCAUGGCAGACGAAAUAAGCUUUGACAAGACGAAAGAAGUACGAAUGAACGGAAAAGUCUAUCGGAUUCCCGAGAGAGGUAUCAGAUUGGACUUUAUCGACAGAGUCAAAAGGAGCUGGUAUGAAGAUCAUACAUUUGGGCCGCAGCUGGGUCGUCCGCAGAUCAUACGAAGCAAAAAGUAUCGACCCGAUGGUGUUGUGCUUCAUCAUCCACCUGAUAUCAUCCUGUUCAGGAACCAGGAGCCAGACUUUUGGACUGGCACACACGCACUGGCUGUUACCGAAACCGCCAGAGCUAAUGCUGAAUUACGAACUCGUUCCUUUAGAGAGCAACAAGCUGUCCUUAACUUGGCCAAGAUGUCCGAGAAAGGAAUGGAUGGCUAUUCCGGUGAUGCUUUGGCUGAAUUGACAAAUCAACUUGUUAGCGAAGCUCCGCCCGAAGUUACACGAGCAGUCGAACGAAGUGAAAUCGACCAAUUGCGCCAUCUGCAAGAGCUCAUCGGCAGAAGACUCACUCUUCUAGAACAUGAUGAUGUCUCUGCCGAGACACCUCCCCCAGAAGGGACAACUGACAACAUGAACAAUGGUUUGUCCCCAAGAUCACAGGCCGUUCCAGUUUCUAUCAAACAAACAUUUGUCAACGGUGACACACCUGAGUCUUAUGCUUCGGGGGAUGAAGCAGACAAUGAAAUGCACAUAAGCCCUUGA